UGAUACCGUUCUUACUCACAGAUAAAGAUAAACAAUGGACCACAGGGCGCAGCUUGAGAACAAGAAAUACAGGAACUGGGUGAGAGCCGGGCUUGGUAUUAAAUAUGUAAAAGACGGCUUGGAACCAUUCUGUGAUCAUCUUGUUAACCAGCAGCAUGCAGAUAUCUUAGAUAAAGUUAAACAGAAACAUAAUCUAUCAGCAGUAGCAUGUGGACUUUGCGAUGUACGCACACUCCAGCCGGACCAUGUUCAAACCAAAAAUAGACAGUGUCCUCUCGGUCAAACACAUUGUAACUGUCUACACCCACGCGGGAAAACGUCUUGUCCCAGCAACGUAUGUGGGGCCAUAUACGACGAAGUUAUUAGGCGUCACGCAUCCACUCCUCCUGCCCCAUACUGGAGAAACACAGACGCUCAUCAGUGGUGUACUGAACCUUGGGCUGUUGCAAAAUGUUUCAUAAAUGCUCCAGGAUAUGAACACAAGACAAAAGCAACUGAUUUUGAUUGUUCCGGCUUGUUGCAUCUGUUGAUUGAUAACAUAGAGUUCCAUCACCAUAUCCAGUGUAUAAUUGAUGGCAGUGAUGCUUUCUCAAGGGUACUUCAACACAGAAACACCAUAUUUCAUUGUAACAAUAUGGAAGUAGAGGACACAGACAUUGCAAAUUAUAUAGAUGAUAUGAUAGAACUGCUGCAAGAUGAUAAAGAAAUCAAAGAUAGACAAGAAUCUAAAAAUGCGGUCAAGAAACUGCUUGAGCUAAAGCAGGAAAAGUUUGUAAUAACAACUACAGAUGAAAUGGAAGUCCGUCGUAUUGCAAUGGAUGCAAUCGAAGAGAAGGAACAGAAUCUUAAACAGAGAAUAGUUGACGCUACGACUGAAAUUGGAGUUAAAACUGAUGAAAGUGAAAAACAGAUAAAGGUGAUAGGUUCAACUAUAAAAGAUGAACUUGCACAGAAAGUGGUUGAAAUGAAAGAUGAUUUGAGAAAGACCGAAAUCGACUCAAUAGGAAGAAUCGAGAAGAAAGAGAAAGAAAUCAAGGAAGCGCUUAGGAUGAAAGAAAUCGAAUCUGCAAAGAAUAUCGAUCAGAAAGAGAGAGAAAGCAAAGAGAAUUUGAGAGUGACAGAAGUCAACUCAAAAGAGGGGCUUAAGCAUGAAGAGAUAGAAAUUAAAAAGACUUUAAGAGUGGUAGAAUUGGAAUCAAAGGGGAGACUAGAUCAGAAAGGAAAAGAAAUUGAAAAGCAUUUAGAACGUAAAGGAGAAGAUAUACUUUAUCAGCUGGAAAGAAAACAGUCAGCUCAGAUUCAAAUCGAGGCCAGGCGUAGUGGAAACAUUAGUAAGGCAGCAGCAGACGAUUUAAUGCAGUCCAGUCCUAAUUAUGAAAGAAUGAGAGCAGGUAAUUCUUACCUUUACUCAACAUUUAAUAAAACAUUUUAUAUCAUUUUAUUAUUAGUUUUGUUACAACUUUUGAAAGUUAUAGGUAUGUUCAACUUAUAUUUGUUUUAUUUUUCCUUGAAAAGACGAGAAGAAAUAAUAAGACAUUCUGCCUCUUUGAAGCUAACAGUGAAUAACUGUCGUAUAAAAUUUGUCGCACAUUAAGAAGUUUUAGGUGUACAUAUCGAUCAGCAUUUAAAGUGGGAUGUUCACAUAGAAGAUGUCUGCAAAAAAUCAUCUAACAAAUUUACACUUCUAAGAAAGAUCUCAAAAUUUCUUACACUAGAAGUGAAACAAAUACAUCAUUCCGAUUAUUGACUACGGUGAUAUUUUGGUGUAAUGCUCCCAAAACAUACUUUUCAAAAGUAUCGGUGUUUCAGAAAAAUAUUGCUAGAUGGAUAUUAGCAAAACCUUUGUUAACUUCUUCGGUUAAUAUGCUUAAAGAACUGAAAUGGCUUUCUGCCGAAAACAGACAUAAAUUACUUAUAGCUGUAAUGACGUUUAAGGCUCUGUAUGGUCGAAAACAGACAUAAAUUACUUAUGGCUGUAAUGACGUUUAAGGCUCUGCAUUGUCGAAAACAAACAAAUUACUUAUGGCUGUAAUGGCGUUUAAGGCUCUGCAUGGUCGAAAACAGACAUAAAUUACUUAUGGCUGUAAUGACGUUUAAGGCUCUGCAUUGUCGAAAACAAACAUAAAUUACUUAUAGCUGUAAUGACGUUUAAGGCUCUGCAUGGUCGAAAACAGACAUAAAUUACUUAGGGCUGUAAUGACUUUUAAGGCUCUGUAUGGUCGAAAACAGACAUAAAUUACUAAUAGCUGUAAUGACGUUUAAGGCUCUGCAUGGUUCCACCCCAGAAUAUAUUAAUCAGUUGAUUACUGUUUCCGAAAACAAUAAAAUCUGAAAAGUAGAUCCCUCGGAAGCACCGAAAACAAGGCAAACAGUGAAAAUUGCGGACUCCGUUUUACAACCUAAGAUCUAAUUCCCAAGGUUUAAUUUCUCAUUUGAGACUCAAUUCAGAUUAUAUGAAACAAUCUUUCAAAUUGUUAUCAAUGAAAGUGUGGAAUUCUAUACCUCAUUUAUUCAUGUAUUCUUGAAAUGAGUGAAAUAAAAGGUUUUUGACUUGACUUGACUAUACCAGUUAUUAUCCGAAAUGCAGCGAAUGUGAACUCUUUCAAAUACAGUUACACAAAACCCCAACUUUUUUUAUGAAGUCUGCACUGCAUAAUCAUUAUGCUACAGGAGCUCAGAUCAAAUGCGAUUUUACAUUUUGUUGCUUUUUUUUUUGAUAUUGUAUUGUUUUAAUAUGCAUUUUUUAAAAUACUUUGUACCUUGUUGAAGGCCUCAUUGUAAAUAUGUGAUUUCAUUUGGAUCUGCUUACGUGAUUGCAUAAUGAGUUUACCUUCGUAAAAUAAAGAAAUUAUUGUUAUUAUUACUAUUAUUAUCUCUUUGUGGGUUUCACAACCUCAUUUUACGGAAUCCGGUUUGAGCCAUGUUAAGCUAAAUACGACACUCGACAUGGCACAUGAAAAUGCAACACGACACCCGUUCCAAUAGUCGAUAUUGCGACGUGACAUACUAAAUUCGUACGAAUUUGUACGCGGGAAUGUCGCGUUGUUGCAUGUCGCAUUGUAGUGUGUCGUGUCGUU